AAAUUACAAUGGAGGGGAGGGGAGAGAAAAUUUUAAUCAUCUCCCCUCCAAAUUGCAAGAUCUCGCCACCGCUUUCUCCUUAGUUCAGUCAUUCCGACGGAAGGGCAUUACUUUUAAUGCGAUAUUCAAGUUGAGAAUAAGAGAAGAAGAGGGUGUGUAGAAAUUAAUUUGCGUGUGUAGAAAUCAGGAGGAGUAGAGAAGAAGAGGGUGCGAGGCUCCUCCGCAACCACCCCAAACGGCGGCAGAGAUCCCAACUCUGACCCCCCGCCGAAGGUUGUAAUGGACAAAAGAGAGGCUGCGGGAGACAUAUUUCCUUGGGAUGGGACUCUCACUUCAAGUGAUUUCUUUCUUGCUGCUCAUAUGUUUUCUGACAAUUGGAGAAAAUUCAAUACUUCAGUCCCUCCAUGGUUGUGGGUUAAAUGUCCAAAACGUUAUUUGGUUUCUUCUAAUGAGGGGGAAGGAUAUUUGUCACUGGAAAACAUGUGCCUUUUAAAAUCAAGUCAGGAAAAACAGGAUACUGUUAGUCUGACAUGGAAAGAAGAAAGCAAUGUCUUGGAGAAUGAAGAACCAUUUGAUAGUGCCACAUUAGGUGCAGAGAGUGAUUAUCUUGAAAUAAACCACUAUGAUUUUCAUAUAGUCUACAGUGCUUCAUACAGGGUUCCAGUGCUGUAUUUCCGUGCUUAUCAUAGUGAUGGACAACCUUUGCUGUUGAGUGAAAUUGAAAAGGGCCUUCCUGGCCACUCUGUGAAGUUGCUAUCUGAAUCAAAAUGGACGUUCAUAACUCAAGAGGAGCAUCCAUAUCUGAACAGGCCAUGGUGCAAAUUACAUCCAUGUGGGACAAGUGAGUGGAUGAAGCUGCUUUUUUCUAGUGACAAGUCUUUGACCACAAAUGGUCUGAAGAUUGAACAUUAUCUGGUUUCAUGGUUCUCCGUCAUUGGGCAAGUCGUUGGCCUUAAAAUUCCUUUGGAGAUGAUGGACUUUGGUUGCUAAUUACUCUUACUGAUGAAAAGGAUUCUUCUAUUCAAAUUGAGUUGCUGUAAAGCUGGCUAACGAGAUAAACAAGCUUUGUGUUGCGGGUGCUUGAUGUCUCGAACAAGGAAUAGGAAUUAGGGUCGGCUAAAUUGGCAAAGAAAAGGAUAUGGGAAUAUGGGAUUUUGUUUGUUUUAAAUUAGGAUUUUAUCUUUUAUUGCAUUUAGAUUUAAAUAAAGCAUAUAUUAUUUGCUUCAUUUGUCAAUGAAGAACUGGGGAAAGAAGAAAAAGCUGCAGCUUGUAGAGAAUUUAUAA